AUGAAAUUUACUUCACAAAUAAAUAUUUUCUUAUUUUAUAUUCUUUAUUCAAGGAAUAUAUUAGCAAACAGUCUUAUUGAAAAUUUUGAUAUUUCGACGCAACAAUGGACUGUACCAAAUAUUUUAGGAAAUACAUCACUAGUCAUUAGUGGCGAUCAAUGUGUUGUUUCAGAAGAUAUAAUUUAUGUCUUUAGCGGAAAUGCAGAAAACAAAAUGUUGGUUUUAAAUACUUCAAGUUUAACAUUAUCAACAUUAUCAUAUGAUACUGCGCCUGCUGCAUUAGUGAGAUAUAGUGCAACUCUUUUACCGAAUGGAGAUAUUUUUUAUAUUGGUGGAAGGUUUUAUAGUAACUUUUCUAUCUUUGGUUCAAUGGGAAUGAUACCAACAUUUAACAUCAAUAAUAGUACAUGGAGAACUAUUGUUACAUCAGGUCUAAUUCCACUUCCUCAGGCUGGUCAUACAGCAACUUUUAUACCUCAACAUAAUCAGAUUUUAAUUAUAGACGGCUAUCCACAAGGUCCAAUAGUCUCCUUGGAUAUUUCAACAUUGAUUUGGUCAACUCCUACGGUUUCAAAUAAUGGUAUUUUGCCAGGCCUUUUUUGGCAUACCUCUACAUUAUUUGAUAAAUAUAUUUUGGUCGCAUUUGGUGAAUAUGUUGAUUACCAACCCAUCAGUAAUAUUUAUCUUCUCGAUAUAAGUCAAAAAAAUAAUUAUAAAUGGGUUAGCACAUAUGAUCCUCCACCUACAUCUAUAACAUAUAUAGCAUCCCCAUCAAUACAUCCACCAAGUUCUUCACUUACAUCCAUGCCAACUUACGUGAGUAGCCCUAAUUUGGGACUAAUUAUUGGUCUAGUUUUUGGUGGGAUUGCUGCAGUUGCA